CGUUGCUAUGACGAACUUAAAGAGGUAUUUCAAUCUGCCUCCGUAACUAAAGUAACUGUAAACUAGAUUGAGGCAAGACAGAGAGUGUAUACACCAACCGCCAUUUUGGUCGACUCUGAGCAAUGUCACACAAAGUCUCCAACGAUUGCUUCCGAUAGUCUCGCCGAUUCCAACCAAGUAGUCUGCACAUACUACUUGAUGUGCAUCUAAUAAUAUAGCUCAGAUUAAAAGUUAGUGACUUCAAAACUGAUGCCACGUUUUGGUUUAGUCACCCCCACUUUUCUUCGAAUCGCCUCCAAUUCUAGUCAGCAGUACGUGGUAAUCGGUGUUCAGUGAAUCGAAAAUUCCCAAUAAAAUGGACGUCUGGAUCAAAUAUCCCUUUAAACACUUCCUGAAAGAAGGAAUUUUUUCGAAGCCUAUGAAAAAAAGAACCGAAGUAAACAAUCAUAGCCCCACAAAUACAGAUGAUACUACAGGGCCAAAGGACGACGAGAAUGCUUUAAUGAUAUCAAGUGGUGAUCAAAGCCAAACUAAAUACAGAAAACAACCAAGGAUAAUUAAAGGAAGUUCAAUAGUUGACAGACAUCCUAAUUCAAAUAAAAAUUCAAUCGAAAAACACUGUUUCGGAGUACAACCAGGUUUAUCACAAACUGAGAUAACUGCAGAACUAAUUCGAUACUCGCAACUGAUCAGUAAAAUACAAGAAACUAACCCACAACUUUUCCUACGAAAAUGUCAAAUUGCACAAAACUACAUACAUGAGUUAUUUGUAGAGUAA